AAAUGGACUUGUAUUUAAUAAAAAUCAUUGUAUUAUUUGCUGGCUUAGUUUUGUCAAAAUCAAAUGGCAAGCAAAUUAUUAAUUUAGCUAGUCAUAAUGCAACUGGUAUACAAACAAAUCGGCUUUUUCCGGUGACACUCCCACCGAUGCUAAACGACCAGUGCUUCGACGCCUCUAACCAAUCGGGCGUUUGUUAUACGCGCCUAAAAUGUAGACUAAUAGGCGGCGCCUACAGUGGUAUCUGUGCCCUGGGCUUAGGUGCAUGUUGUGUGGUGUCCCAGUCGUGUCAUAAACAAACCUCGGAUAAAGUGGUGUAUUUCAAGAACCCUGCUCACCCACAAGUUGAUACUAGCGCCCAGUUAUGCGAUAUGACUGUCAAUGUGAAGGACCCAGAUGUUUGUCAAGUGAGACUAGAUUUUGUGGACUUCCAGUUGGAUGAGCCCACACUCGGCGACUGUAUGGGCGAUAAGUUUAAGGUUACGGCGUCAGGGGGUAGUCCACUGGAUAUACCGGUGCUUUGUGGACAGAAUGCAAAUCAACAUAGUGAUUAUAGGUGGCACGUGAAGGUCACGCAAAUUGAUUGCAAACUUGGAUACAAAUGGCAAUUAUUGCCGGACAACAGUCAAUCUGAAUAUCCGCCGGCGCCUAUCGGUUGCCUACAAUACUAUACGCCACCUGCCGGUACAGUCGAGUCGUUCAAUUUUGGUCAAUACAUAAAUAACGUCGACUACGCCAUAUGCAUCGAACGUCAAGCUAACACGUGCAGGGUCACCUACCAGGCCACCGAUAAUAACUGGUCUCUAGAUAGCACCCAGAUAUCAAAGGACCUUGCUGGUGUAGGCGAUGCAACAUGUAACACUGAUUACCUAUUAAUACCUGGUGGGUCGGGUAGUUCAGUGCCAGUUAACACCCCUACAUACGAUCGAUAUUGUGGUGGGCGUCUAAAUUGGCAAAAUGGAGUGGCGUUGGAAGCUCCGGUAGUUUCAAAAACUCACGGUCCUAUUGUGCUAUGGUUUCAUUCGGACAGCAUUCAGGACCCGACUGUUAGCGAGGGAUUCCGUUUGCGUUACGAACAGAGCUCUACUGAAUGUACUACCGGUCCGUAUAGGGAUGUCACCGGUAGUGAAGCGGUUAGAAAUUCCGGCGCGAAAGUUGUGUAA